AAAAUUAAUCUCAACAUUAAUUAUCUCUCCUGCCAAACGAGCCCUUACUACUAAGCUAGCAAACGCCCCCGACUGUUCCAACACUUUCCCAGAGGCUCCAUCCAGCAACAGAAGAGAGCGUUUUUGAGAAGAAGGGGGCAGUAGAAAUGGGAUCAAGAACACUUGAAAUAGAGAAGAUGAGUGUAGAACAACUAAAAGCAUUGAAAGAACAAGCCGAUCUUGAAGUUAAUCUCCUUCAAGAUAGUCUAAAUAAUAUACGUACUGCAACUACUCGUCUUGAAAUUGCCUCUAAUGCCCUUCAAGAUCUCUCUUUACGUCCUCAAGGGAAGAAAAUGUUGGUUCCGUUAACAGCGUCUUUGUAUGUGCCGGGGACACUAGAUGAUGCUGAUAAGGUUUUGGUAGAUGUCGGCACUGGAUAUUUUGUUGAGAAAACUAUGACAGAAGGAAAAGAUUACUGUGAACGGAAAAUCAACCUGCUAAAGUCCAACUACGAGCAGCUUCUUGAUGUUGCCACUAAGAAGAAAAGUGUUGCUGAUGAAACCGGUCUUAUCUUGCAAGCUAAAUUGAGACAACUCGCUCCAGCACAGUAGAUCAUACUCGCUUUUCUUCUUUCGAGUGGCCUACUUAUAACGUUUUUAGUAGUCAACGGGGUGGGGGUUCAUUCGUUGAUAACUCAAUGAGUUCAUGCACCUCAAAGAACUUUACAAGUUCCGAAUUCUGUCUAAAUUUGUAUUGCUGCAGCAGGAGUUCGACCAGUGUUCAAUGUACCUCCCCCCUUUUCACCCUACUCUUUAACGGAUGAUUGAUUUUCGAUCAUCUGUUCCAUUGUAGCAGACCUUAGAAUGUCCAUUAGUGAGUGAAAUCAUAUAUUUUUCGUAUUUAAUUAUUGGAAUGUUGAAACUUGUA